CUCUGCAGGUCGGCACAGGGACAGAGGGGCAGAAUCCCCCCCUUCUUUGCUGCUGCCCACACUGGGGGAUCAGCCCAGGGCACGGGGAUUUUGGGGGUGCCAGGGCAUGUGGAGCUUCUCAUCCACUGAGUCCUUGAGUUUGGCCAGAUCCCUCAGGAUGGCACACCAAGUUUGGACAUGUUCAGCCUCCGGCUGUCACUUCCUCCUGCCUGAGAAUAUUUCUGUUUCCGAUUUCCCUGUAUUUGACAUGCAAACCAUGGAGAAGUUGAUUUCUCACUGAGCUCUCCCUCUCUCCGCAGAGUCCUGAGAGCUGUGAGAGGCGUGCAGCAGGAGGAUGGAGAGCAAGCCAGCAGUGAAUGGCCACGCUGUUCCCAGCUCUCCCGGGGAAGACGUGUCAGGGACAAACCGCUUGUGCCAGGACACGAUGCCGUGCAAGCAGCAAAAAGCAGCUGGCAGGGACGCGGGGCCGGAUGCUCCCGGGGAGCCCUCGGAGACAGCUGGCAGCAUUGCAGGCGUGUACGUAGAGGCUUCAAAGAGGAUAAUGAGCUUUUAUGAGGCCACCAGAGAGCACCUGCUGAGCCUGGAUUCGGCCCUCUGCCUCCUCGAGGCCCAGGCGGCCACGGGCUCCAUCUGCGACCCGCUGAGGAGCCGUCGUGUCCCCGUGGCAGAAGCCGUGCGGAUGGGGCUGGUGGGGCUGGAGCUGAAGGAGAGGCUGCUCUCGGCUGACAGAGCUGCUACUGGCUUUGUGGACCCCUACACAGAAGAGAAAAUCUCCCUCUACCAGGCGAUCCAGAAGGAGCUGGUGGGGAGGGAGCAGGGCAUUCGCCUGCUCCAGGCCCAGAUGGCAACUGGAGGCGUCAUCGACCCGGCCACCGGCGGCCGGCUCGCGGCAGAUGUGGCCUGCGAGAGGGGAUAUUUGGAUGAAGAGAUGAGCCAGCUCGCCUCUGAGCCCGGCAAUGAGGACAGCAAGGUGUUCCUUGAGCCCAGCACUAUGGAGAAGGUGACUUACUCGGAGCUGAGGAGGAGGUGUGUUGUGGAUCCAGCCUCAGGCUUCCUCCUCUUGCCGCUGCAAAUCACAUUCCCAGGGCUGGGAGGGAGGGUGAGCAGCAGGGACCUGAUGGACUCUGGCAUCAUCAGCCAUGACGUGUUCCGAGGCCUCGAGGAGGGAAGCAUUUCUGCCCAGGAGGUGGCAGAGAAUGACAUUGUUCAGCACUUCCUGCGUGGGACGAGGAGCGUGGCUGGUGUUGUCCUGCCUUCCGGGGAGCAGAAGAGCCUCUACCAGGCGCUGAGGGAGCAUCUCCUCGUGCCUGGUGCUGCUCUCAUGCUCCUGCAAGUCCAGGCCUCCACGGGCAGCCUGACAGACCCCCUAAAGGACAAAAGCUACUCAGUGGACGAGGCUGUCAGGGUUGGUCUCAUUGGCCCAGAGCUUUACGAGAAGCUGUCUUCAGCUGAGAAAGCCAUCACUGGAUACAGGGACCCGUCCACCGGAGAAAUGCUCUCCCUAUUCCAAGCCGUCAGGAAG